AAAAUCAACAAAUAAAUAAAAUAAAAUAUUCCUUGAUGUAGAGUUAUUUUAAAAAUAAUUAAAAAUACAUCAUGUCCCGGGUUACUUUACAGCCUUCAUUGUUGAAUGCUGCUUCCGGAGGUGUCUCUAAAUGUGCCGAAAUAUUUGUUACAAAUAAUGCCGAUAAAUGGACAUUUGUCUGUAUACAUUGCCAAAAAGCUACCAGUGAUAUAGGAGUUUUCAUUUGUCACAUUCGUUUGGAACAUUUAAAAGGCAACAUAAAUUUGGGAGAAAGUUAUCCUACAACUGAAAGUCCAAUAAAUGUUUUAACUCCAAAUAAAAAUGCAUACCUUCCAGAGCAAAAUGAUAACAUUCCAGCGGCAUAUGGGAAAACUACAGAAAUAGUUGAAGCUAAAAAUAGUAUCCAAGAUGAACAACAAACAAUGCAAAGUGAUGAAAGCCAAAAUCUUCUUGCUCCAAAAAGUCAAAUCUUUAUGCAGAGUAAUACAGUUAAACAGGAAGCAACUGGCAAUCAGGAACUUUCCAAAACUUCAAAUAUAACUACACUAAAACAGCAGGAAAAUCCUACUCCAAAUGCAAAAAGCCACACGACAGAUGAUCAACCUCCAUCAAUUUCUGAUGUUACUUCAUUAAGUCAAUCUGCCUAUGAUUUCAGUAGUGAAACAAUUACACCAGACGAUCCACCAGAGCCAAUGAAAUGUGAUUUUGUAAAAGAAGAAGUUAUUAUUAAUGAACGAGAAGAUUUACAACCUCCUGCCGGUAAAGUUCCAAAAAUUUCGGAUGUAACUUCAUUAGGGCAGAUGCUGGCAAGUGAGAAGGAAGUGGAAAACUAUUCAAAUAAGGAAGCUUCAUCAACAACAUCUCAACAACUGGAAACAAACUUGGAAUUUUAUGCUAUAACAUCUAUCGGGCAAGACUUGGAACAACAAGGACAAAAUGAAAUUGUACAAGUGGUUUAUUUAAAGGAAAAUGAUACCUCUACAAAUAAGGAACAAGAAAAUGCAAAAGACUAUAAUGAGAAUAAUAUUAAUCAAACAGAUGAUGUUGUCAUGUCUUCUUUUACACCAAGUGAUGAUGAAAAUGAUGAUGUUGAAACAAACAUUCACAUACGAUCUUCUUUCACAUGUGGCAAAUGCGAAAAAAGUUUUAAAUGUAAAGUUAGUUUAGAAAAACACGCUGUGGCUAAUCAUAGAUCCCUAAUUUUGAAAUGUCCAUUCUGUCCGGUUAAAAGAAAUAAAUGGUGUCUUUUUCUAGCUCAUUUAAAAACGCAUGAGAGCGACACGUGUUUUCCUUGUCAUAUCUGUGGCAAGAUAUUCGAAAAUAAUCGGGAACGUAAGAAACAUACGAAAGAGCAUGGUGUUGAAAAACCAUGUACUUGUAAAACAUGUUUGCGUAAACAAGAAUAUCAAUGUAAUGUAUGCUCAACCUUAUUUCAGUCAGAGCUAUCUCAAAAUCCUCCCUAUAUUUGUGGGAAAUGUAAAGAAUUGCCUGAAAAUCUAGUAGUUGAGAUUGAUCCUGCAGAAACAAAUACUGCAGCUGUCUUGAUGGAUAAUCCUGACAAUACUCAAACCAUUGCUAACAUAGAGCAAAAUGACAACUGUUCUACUUCCUUAAAUGAAAAUGACGACGAGGACUCUGAAAUAGAAUUAAUUACAGACAAUUUUCCCAGUGUUAGCAGUUCAAAUACUAACCAAAUAUCCCAGAACAAUAACAUACGUUACAAAUGCUUAUAUUGUAAUUCAUUAUUUAUUUCCGAAAGGAGUGUCAUUUGUCAUGCCUCUAAAAUGCAUUUUAAAAAUGUAAAGGAUUUAGCUAACAUUUGUCGUUAUUGUAAUAGAUCAUUUCGAACUGAAUCAUCUUUGAAUCUCCAUCAAAAAAGCCAUGAAAAAGGCAAACUAUUUGAAUGUACUAUCUGUACUUUUAAUGAAUAUAGAGAAAGUGUUUUUAUUACUCAUAUGCUAAAGCACGAAAGCGACAACUGUUUUCCCUGUCAAGUUUGUGGAACAGUAUUCACCAGCAAUACGGAACGUUUGCAACAUUGGCGCACACACAUCGAGGAGAGACCACAUGGCUGUAAUAUUUGCUUUAGACGUUUCCAUCAGCAAUAUAUACUCAGAAAUCAUAUGAGAACUCAUUGUCAAUACAGUUGUCAUUUCUGUCACAAUAAUUUCCAAUCGAAUCGUUUUUUAAAAUGUCCACAUGUUUGUGAUGAAUGUGAAAAAUUACCGCAAAUUAAAAAGCAAUUGGAACAACUUAAAUCAAAGGCCAAGAAAAGAGCACUUGAUUCGGAAGGGGAAUAAUAUUUGAUCUGUUAAUAUUUAGCUUCAUAUUUUAUUUUCGUUUUAAAUACCUGUAUAUAUCAGCUGACGAAAAGUUCCAAAAAUUAAUAAUUAACGAAAUCUACAGGAAUUGUAAUCAACUCUA